AGGUUGCAGCACAAGAAGGGGACUGUGAUGAUGAAAGCAUGCUGGACAAUUUUGUCAACUUCUUCUUUGCAGGUCAUGAAACCUCUGCCAACCAGUUAUCUUUCACCCUAAUGGAAUUGGGACGAAAUCCAGAGAUAGUUGCAAAACUUCAGGCUGAAGUGGAUGAUAUCAUUGGUAUGAAGAAACAUAUUUCCUAUGAUGAUCUUAAGAAACUCAAAUACUUAUCACAGGUUCUCAAGGAAGUCCUGCGGCUGUACCCUCCAGCUGCAGCCACUCUGCGCUUUACAGAAAAGGAAAAUGUAAUUGAAGGAAUCAAAAUUCCAGCAAACACCUCCCUGAUUUUCUGCACAUAUGUGACUGGACGAAUGGAAAGCUUUUUCAAGGACCCGCUUGUCUUUGAUCCUGACAGAUUUAGGAAAGACCAACCAAGGCCCUACUUCACAUAUUUCCCAUUUUCCCUGGGACCUCGCUCCUGUAUCGGACAGAAAUUUGCACAGGUAAGCCAGGCAGGGAUGCACAGAGGCAAGGAACACUUCUACACCCUGGAGAAUGUGCGUGCAUCUUUAAGAGCCCGUGAUACAGAUGGAUAGGAGACAGCAGAGCUGUUGCACUGCCAGCUGGCUACUUCUCUGGUUCUUUUGCUUGAAUGGCACAUCUUGUCUUCUGUUUGCUGUGGUGCCAAGCUCAACUCCUGCUAUGGCAAGAAGGGACAGGAAUGAAGGAACAUAGGUGAGCAAAGGGACUGCUAAAGCAGCAAAGGGGGAGGACCUGUGCCUUCCCAGAAGGUCUCUCCGUGUUUGGGAAGUGCAUCAUCUUCCAACGGUGUCACAUAGACAAUCAAAGACAUGAUACUGGGUCAUUGUAACUUGCCUAAGAAGCUGGAGCUGUUCUGGGUAAUGAAGAUGGCAACUGACUGGAUGCCAGCACUUCACUCUGAAUCACUCCCGGUCACUUGAAAAAUGUUAAAUUUGAAUGUUAAACUAAAUGUUAGGAAUCAAAGCACCAGCAGUGUCCACUGCUGAAAAUGUAAAGAAAACAUGAAAGGAUGCAUUUACUGAAAGAAGGAAGCAAAACCUAUUUUGGAAAUAGGUAAUUUGAAAUUCUGUUUCACCAGAACCUGUUUUGCAGGCAAUGUGGAAAAUUCCAUUGCAGUUUUCUGCUGACAUUUCUCCAAUAAUAUUAUAAAAAUGUCCUAUAUUCAGCCCAAAUUAUGCAGUAAAAUAAAGAAAAAUAGCAAAUUAUAGAGAAUGUAAUUAAAUGAUAAUGUAGUGGAGUCGCAGGCAUAAGCAAAAUUGCACACAUUCUAGAUGAAAGGUGCUCAGUAAUUAAACAUUGUGAAGCUACAUUUCAGAAAACAGUGUGUAAAGGCCACAGUCCUAUGCAUAUGAUAACAGGAGAGCAUCCUUCAACUCUCAGGCAUUCCCAGACAGACAUACUGUCUGCAGAACUCCAAUACUUUAGGACACUUCUCCCUCUAAACAAAUUGUACCCUAAAUCUACAAUCUUAUACCUCCUUACCUGGGGUAAGCCUCACUGAACUUGUUAGAAUUAAUUCUGAGUAUAGAUAUAUGCUGUGUAAGUGAGCAAUCCUAUGAAUGUCUUCUCAGAAGUUCUACUGAGUUCAGUGAGAUUUUGUCUGGAAUUACAGGGCUGCAGCUUAAAGCACCAGAGAUAGUUA